AUGGCCGAGCAAAAUUCUCCAUCACUAAUUGAAGUGGUAAAACAAGUUGGAGAGCAGCAGCAUUCACAAUCAUCAGAGAUAGAAAAAAGCAAAACUGUUCUUUUCCGGUUGCAGGCUAAAUUUCAGGAGCUUGAGAAAGAAAUGGAGUCUAUUCUGUUAGAAACAAAGACAACAGAAAGGGAAAUAUAUCAGCAAGAAGAUGCCAUAGAAACAACAAAAUAUCAUUGUGAAAGUCUGGUGGCCCAAGUCAGAGCACUCUGUUCUGGAAAUAUAAGGCUGAAGCUUGAUGCAGAAACAGUGCAAGAAGAGUUCCAGAUGAUGUUUGCAAGAAAUAAUGAAUAUCGUGAAAAAAUAAAGGCUCAUAAGCAUCUCUUUGGGGAGGUGGAAAGUAAAAUGCCAGUUAUGAUUGAACUUGCUAAAAAGCAAGCUGUUGUUAAAGAGCUAAAGAGAAAGAAGGAGGAGUUAAUGCAUGAUCUCCAGAAUCCAGAAGGAUCUGUUAUUAAACAAGUACAGGAAGAAAUUACAUUUAUAAAAAGGGAAAUCACAGAAGUGAAAGAGUUAAUCUAUAAAAAAACAGAUUUGCUAGAAGAAGAAAAAAUACUGCAUGCUAAGCUUAGGAAAGAAAUCGAGGUGCAGAAUAAAAGAUAUGAGGCUAUUCUAAAACGUUUGCAUUGCCAACUGAACAAACUUCAUUCAAAUAAAAGACAAUGGCACUGGAACAUUCAGCAGAUGGAGAAAAAGGUAGCAGAACUAAGAAAGUGUCUUGGAGAGGUGGAGUGA